AUGGGUGUCGGCCAGUUAUUCAGCGACUCGACUCUCGCCAAGUAUGUCAAGUCCAUACGGGAGUCGCCUCGCGAAGUCAUCUUCAACCGCAGGUUGCUGCUCACUACGGCCGUGUAUGCAAUGUCCGGCAUGUGCAUUACAUGGGAUCAGGGCUCAAGCUCCGUCGUUCCCUCGCUCCCGGGUUUCUCGUCGGCGUUUGGCAUUGCGUCGGCCACGAACCCCAAGGAGGUGACCAACUUCAUUUCGUUCGUCUACCUCACUGCCGGUGUUGGUUCUGGCAUCUCGUUCUUCAUCAAUGAUCGCAUCGGUCGCUUGUGGUCGCUCCGUCUAUACUUUGCCGUUUGGAUUGUCGGCCAACUCAUCGCCACCUUUGCAAAUGGACACCUCGGCGUCCUCUAUACUGCCCGAUUUAUUUCUGGCCUCGGAAUCGGACCUCUUACCGUCACUGGACCCAUGUCUAUUGUCGAAAUCGCACCGACCGAAAUUCGCGGCCUUCUGACUGUUUGGUUCAGCGUCGUGAUGCUGCUCAGCUUGACUGUCAGCACUCUCACCGUCUACGCUUGCUUCCUGCACGUCGCCGCCUCGCGUUUGCAGUAUCAGAUCGUCUUCUUCACACCGACAAUCAUCUGUGCUCUUAUUAUUAUCGCCAGUUUCUUCGUCUACGAAUCCCCAAGAUGGCUCAUGCUCGUCGGCCGGGAGGAAGAAGCCACGGAAACGUUGGUGGCUCUUCGCGGCCUGCCCCGGGACCACCCUCGUGUCGCUAGCGAGCUCUCAGACAUUCGGCUUCAAAUUGAGGGAGAACAUUCCAAGUAUGGAGCUAAUGGGGGUAUCAAAUCUGUCUUCAGGGAAACCUUCAUGGUACCAGCAAACCUCCGCCGCGUCCAGCAGUCUUGCGUCUCAUAUGCCUUGGCUCAGCUGUCAGGCGCCAACUCCGUGACGAGCUAUCUUGUGCCGAUUUUGUCUUUGAUGGGCCUCGGGGGAAACACCGAUCGCAAUCUCUUCUUGUCCAGCAUGUAUUCCAUGUCCAAGUUCUUUUACACCUUGAUUGCAUCAUUCUUCUUCAUCGAUGCUCUGGGCCGUCGCAAGUCUCUCUUCACCGGAAUUACUAUCCAGAUGAUUUCGGAUACCUACAUUGGAGUUUAUCUCAAAUACAAGCAAGCCGGCCCGGUCUCGGAUGCAGCAUCACAGGCCGCGGUAGCCGCCAUUUUCAUUCACGGCUUCGGCUAUGCAGUUGGUCUGCUGGUCUUGCCUUAUGUCUUCAGUGCCGAAUUGUGGCCGAAUAGCAUUCGAUCCUUUGGCUCUGCCUUGACCCAGACGUUCCACUGGCUGUUCUAUUUCGGCCUCAACAGAGCGACCCCCAGCAUCCUCGAGAGCAUGGAUAAUUGGGGCGCAUUCAUCUUCUUCGCUGCCUGGUGCUUUAUCUCUCUCAUUUACGUCUUCUUGGCAGUACCUGAGACCGCAGGAUUGCCCGUGGAGCACUUGGACGCGCUCUUUGAGGGUCCGUGGUGGCAGAUUCGCAGCACAGCCAAGAAGCAUCGCAAAACUAUCACCGCCCGAGAACUUGACGCCGAAGAUGGCAGCAUUGAUCGAGAUGUCGUCAAAGCGAAGGGAAUUGACAGCAUCUGA